AUGGCUGCCGAUGGCUCUUGGCUGCAUCCUUCUCUGGGAGUUGCCCUAACAGAAAGAAGCUGCCUGAUCCAAGAUUAUGUCCCUUUCCUGGAAACAGCCUGUACUUCAUUACUGGUUGAUGUGGAGAAUACAAAGAAUCCUCCUCUUGCCUUGACUCCUGGGAGAGUUGGCUCUCAAGGUUCUGAUUUAGAUUCAUCAGCUGCUCCUAUAAACACAGUGGAUGUCAAUAAUGAAAGCUCUUCAGAGGGUUUCAUCUGUCCAUUAUGUAUGAAAAGAUGUAUAACUGCUAGUGAUUUGUCGGAGCAUUACCAGCAAGUGCACGCUGAAAAUGAAACAAGAGGACAGGAACUUCUUAAUGACUCCAGUGUUACUGGUUUCAUAUGUCCCCAGUGUAUGAAAUCCCUUGGGUCUGCUGAUGAACUUUUCAAACACUAUGAGGUAGUUCAUGAUGCUGGUAAUGAUUCAAGUCAUGGAGGAGAGGCUCUUGCUCUGAAGCGAGAUGAUUUAACACUACUUAGACAAGAGGUCCAAGACCUUCAGGCUUCACUUAAGGAAGAAAAAUGGUACUCAGAAGAAUUAAAGAAAGAAUUAGAAAAAUUUCAAGGGCUGCAACAGCAAGAGUCUAAACCUGAUGGAUUGGUGGCUGAUUCAUCAGCAGAACUACAGUCUUUGGAACAACAAUUAGAAGAAGCCCAAACAGAAAAUUUUAAUAUUAAGCAAAUGAAAGACUUAUUUGAACAGAAAGCAGCCCAACUUGCCACUGAAAUUGCAGAUAUAAAGUCAAAAUAUGAUGAAGAAAGGAGUCUUCGAGAAGCUGCUGAACAAAAAGUGACAUAUCUGACAGAGGAAUUAAACAAAGAAACAAUUAUAAUUCAAGAUCUGAAGACUGAACUGCUUCAGAGACCUGGUAUAGAAGAUGUUGCUGUGCUAAAGAAAGAACUGGUCCAAGUUCAAACACUAAUGGACAACAUGACGUUGGAGCGUGAAAAAGAAUCUGAAAAACUCAAAGAUGAGUGUAAAAAGUUACAAGCAGAAUAUGCUAACUCAGAGAUGCUUAAACUUGAGGCCACAAUAAGCCAGCUAAGGAGUGAACUUGCCAAAGGACCCCAGGAAGUUGCUGUAUAUGUGCAGGAACUACAAAAACUUAAAAGUUCACUUAAUGAAUUAACACAAAAAAAUCAGAACUUGACUGAAAAGCUUCGAAAGAAAGAACUGGAGUGUACUCAGUUAGAGGAGAAACAUAACGAAGAAUGUGUGAGUAAAAAGAAUAUACAAGCAAGCCUUCAUCAAAAAGACCUAGAUUGUCAGCAGCUUCAGUCAAGAUUAUCUGCAUCUGAAACCUCCCUGCAGAGAAUACAAGCAGAACUAGGUGAAAAGGGGGAAGCUACGCAGAAGCUCAAGGAAGAAUUAUCAGAAGUAGAGGCCAAGUACCAGCAUCUUAAGGCUGAAUUUAAACAGCUACAACAACAGAGAGAAGAGAAAGAGCAGCACGGGUUACAACUCCAAAGUGAAAUUAAUCAAUUACAUAGCAAACUUCUGGAGACAGAGCGCCAACUAGGUGAAGCUCAUGGUAGGCUGAAGGAACAGAGACAGCUUUCAAGUGAAAAGUUGAUGGAUAAAGAACAACAAGUGGCUGAUCUACAACUCAAACUUUCUCGUUUAGAAGAACAGUUGAAGGAAAAAGUAACAAAUUCCACAGAAUUGCAGCAUCAAUUAGAUAAAAUGAAGCAACAACAUCAAGAACAACAAGCCCUUCAGCAAAGCACUACAGCAAAACUUCGAGAAGCUCAGAAUGAUUUAGAACAAGUACUACGUCAAAUUGGCGAUAAGGACCAGAAGAUCCAGAACCUUGAAGCCUUAUUACAGAAGAGUAAAGAAAAUAUUUCCUUACUAGAAAAAGAAAGAGAAGAUCUUUAUGCAAAAAUUCAGGCUGGUGAAGGAGAGACUGCUGUUCUCAACCAGUUACAAGAAAAAAACCAUACCUUACAGGAACAAGUAACUCAACUAACAGAGAAGCUGAAGAAUCAGUCAGAAAGCCAUAAACAAGCCCAGGAGAAUUUGCAUGACCAAGUGCAAGAGCAGAAGGCACAUCUUAGAGCUGCACAAGACCGUGUCCUUUCCUUAGAAACUAGUGUCAAUGAAUUAAAUAGUCAAUUAAAUGAGAGCAAGGAGAAGGUCUCCCAGCUUGACAUACAGAUUAAAGCCAAAACUGAAUUAUUGCUAUCAGCAGAAGCAGCAAAAACUGCUCAAAGAGCAGAUCUUCAGAAUCAUUUGGACACAGCCCAAAAUGCAUUACAAGAUAAACAGCAGGAGUUAAAUAAGAUCACUACUCAGUUGGAUCAAGUCACUGCAAAGUUACAGGAUAAGCAAGAACAUUGCAGUCAGUUGGAAAGUCAUCUUAAAGAAUAUAAAGAGAAACACCUUUCUUUAGAACAAAAAACUGAAGAAUUAGAAGGUCAAAUUAAGAAACUAGAAGCUGAUACUCUUGAAGUUAAAGGAAACAAGGAGCAAGCUUUGCAGGAUCUACAACUGCAAAGACAGCUGAAUACAGAUUUAGAGCUUAGAGCCACAGAAUUGAGUAAACAACUUGAAGUGGAGAAAGAAAUAGUAUCCAGUACAAAGUUGGAACUACAGAAAAAAUCUGAAGCUCUUGAAAAUAUUAAGCAAAUGCUUACCAAGCAAGAGGAAGAAAAAAAAAUCCUUGAACAAGAAAUUGAAAAUUUAAGUCAAGAUGCAAAGAUGCAGCACAAGGAAUUGAAUAACAAAAUUCAAACAGCAGCAGCAGAACUGCAAAAAUUGAAGAUGGAGAAAGAAACUCUAAUGACAGAGCUUUCUGCGGCCAAAGAGAAUUUAUCAAAAGUUUCUGAUUCUUUGAAGAACUCCAAAAGUGAAUUUGAAAAGGAAAACCAGAAAGGAAAAGCUGCUAUAUUAGAUUUGGAAAAAACUUGCAAAGAAUUAAAGCAUCAGCUUCAAGUACAGACAGAAAAUGCACUUAAGGAACAGAAUGAACUGAAAAAGUCACUUGAAAAAGAGAAGCAAACUUCUCAUCAGUUGAAUUUGGAACUCAGUUCAAUGCAGGGACAAGUGGCACAGGCCCAGAAUACUUUAAAACAAAAGGAAAAAGAAGAACAGCAACUUCAGGGGAACAUAAAUGAGCUAAAGCAAUUGACUGAACAGAAGAAAAAGCAAAUUGAAGCACUCCAAGGAGAAAUUAAAAUUGCUGUUUCACAGAAGACAGAGCUUGAGAAUAAAUUACAGCAGCAGUCAACACAAGCAGCCCAGGAACUUGCAGCAGAGAAAGAGAAAAUGUCAGUGUUACAAAAUACCUAUGAAAAAAGUCAGGAAAAUCUAAAACAGCUUCAAUCUGAUUUCUAUGGGAAGGAAUCUGAACUUCUUGCCACAAGGCAAGAUCUUAAGUCUGUAGAAGAGAAGCUUUCUCUAGCACAGGAGGACUUGAUUUCAAACAGAAAUCAAAUUGGAAACCAAAAUAAAUUAAUUCAAGAACUGAAGAGUUCCACGGCUACGUUGGAGCAGGAUUUAGCAAAGAAAGAGCAACAGUUGAAGGAGCAGUGUAAAACGCUACAAGAUAUUAAAAAAGAAAAGUCACUGAAAGAAAAAGAACUAGUAAAUGAAAAGUCUAAAUUGGCAGAGAUAGAGGAAAUUAAGUGUAGACAGGAAAAAGAAAUUGCUAAAUUGAGUGAAGAACUCAAGUCCCACAAGCAAGAAAGCAUAAAGGAGGUAACAAAUCUCAAGGAUGCCAAACAGCUUUUGAUUCAGCAGAAACUCGAGCUUCAAGGGAAAGUAGAUUCCCUGAAGGCAACCCUUGACCAGGAGAAGAGAAACCAGCAAAUGCUAAAAGAGCAGGUGAAAAAGGAAGAAGAUGAACUGAAGAAAGAGUUUACUGAGAAGGAGGCUAAACUGCAUUCCGAAAUAAAAGAAAAAGAAAUAGGAAUGAAGAAGCAUGAAGAAAAUGAAGCUAAACUUACCAUGCAGAUUACAGCAUUAAAUGAAAACUUGGGCACCGUAAAGAAGGAGUGGCAGUCUAGUCAACGUAGAGUCAGCGAGCUCGAGAAACAGACGGACGACUUACGGGGUGAAAUUGCAGUAUUAGAAGCCACAGUUCAGAAUAAUCAGGAUGAAAGGAGAGCACUACUAGAAAGAUGUCUUAAAGGAGAAGGUGAAAUAGAAAAGCUUCAAACCAAAGUACUAGAAUUGCAAAGAAAGCUGGAUAAUACGACCGCAGCGGUGCAGGAGCUGGGCAGAGAAAAUCAAUCCCUUCAAAUCAAACACACGCAAGCGUUAAAUAGGAAGUGGGCGGAAGACAAUGAAGUACAAAACUGCAUGGCCUGUGGGAAAGGCUUUUCAGUAACAGUGAGACGGCAUCACUGCAGACAAUGUGGAAAUAUCUUCUGUGCUGAGUGUUCGGCCAAAAAUGCCUUAACUCCAUCUUCUAAGAAGCCUGUUCGUGUCUGUGAUGCAUGUUUCAAUGACUUGCAAGGAUAA